CUCGCCCUCCUGAACUUUGAACAAACCCAACGGCCCAACACAUCACAGAACCCGUGCCUGGUGUGCCGUCCGAGUCCUGCCCACAGAUCACUACUAUGGUGAUCUGUGUGGAGACUUGGGUCAUUCGGUCCGGUCUCAGCGUCGAGGAGAGAGCACUUGGCGUAGAACAGCACAGAGGUCAAUGAAGAUGGGGUUGAAAAUGGUUUGAAUCAACAAUGUCACCCUUGGGUCACUGUCAUGUAACCUUGAGUGCCCAAACAAAAAUACUGUGUUUGAGCCUUGCCACGAUCAGCUGAUAGGUAACGAUACCUCCUCGUGCCUCUGCACAAACUCGCUUCUGCUGUAAGCUUGUCGCUUAAGGCGAGGUUGGUGCGAUGGUGCACUCGCCUCCACCCGGUCCCCCCGCUGCUAAGCCCAGGCACUAUGCGGAUUCUUUUUGGUGCACCUAUAUCGUGUCGGUGGUUGCAGCAAGCAUAGCAGAAGUCUUGACCUACCCAUUAGAUCUGACAAAAACUCGACUCCAAAUCCAAGGAGAAAAGGCAGCUGCUCAACAUGGCAUAUCAAGUGGUCCCUACCGGGGAAUGAUCAAGACAGCCUUGGGUAUAGCAAAAGAAGAAGGUACCCUUGAACUUUGGAGGGGAAUAACUCCAGCAAUCUAUCGCCAUGUUAUUUAUUCUGGUAUAAGAAUUGUCACUUACGAACGACUUCGAGAUGAUGUAGCAGGCAAAGACCCUGAUGGAUAUUUUCCAAUAUGGAAGUCUGCAAUUUGCGGUGCAACUGCUGGGGCUAUUGCUCAGUUUGCUGCUAGCCCAACUGAUCUUAUCAAGGUACAAAUUCAAAUGGAAGGAAAACGUCGACUUCUUGGAAAAAAACCUCGAGUCCACAGUGCUGGGCAUGCUUUUCAGCAAAUUAUGGCUCAGGGAGGUGUGAGAGCAUUGUGGAAAGGGUCAAUACCUAAUGUCCAAAGAGCUGCAUUGGUAAAUUUAGGAGAUUUGACAACGUAUGACUCUGCUAAACGGUUCAUUCUCACACAUACAACCUUGACUGACAAUCAUUUCACUCACAUUCUUGCAAGUGCCUGCGCUGGUUUGGUGGCUGCCACAAUGGGCACACCUGCUGAUGUUGUAAAAACCAGAAUAAUGCACCAACCCACUGACGCCUUGGGGAACGGGCUUGUCUAUAAAUCUUCCAUUGAUUGUCUUAUCAAAACAAUAGAAAAUGAAGGGGUAUUUGGCUUGUACAAAGGAUUCUUGCCAGUUUGGAUUCGGAUGGCUCCGUGGUCAUUGACAUUCUGGUUAUCAUUUGAACAAAUUCGUAGUUUCUUAGGAGCUAGUGGAUUUUAAUAUGCUUUGUCUAGUGUCUUUAGUCUUGGUAGAAGCUUUAUUCCUUACCAAAGCCCCAAUGGUGUUCAGAGCAAAUAUUAUUUUGUCUAUAAAUUUUUUUCAAAGAAGACUUACAUACCAUUGUGCUCGUAUUUUGUAGCUCAAUUGUGCGACCAAGUUUCUACAGAAUUGAUCUUGUUAUUUACAACUUCCUUAACAAAGUUGAACAAUGUUUUCUUUCAGUUUGAAGCUUUUGUUAGGUGUAGAAUAUUUAUUAUACUUAAUUAACGCCUGGUGCGUGCAUGUCAUAUGGAUAAAAUUUGGAUUGUGAUAUGUUCUAAUUGGUCAACAACUAUCAACAGUGUUUCGGAGUAUUUAAAAACUAAGGAAAAAGAAUUUUGUGUGUUAAUUGCUAAUCACAGAACUAACCCUCUGACUUUGUUCAAUUUUUGGUUCCCACUUUUUGACUUUUGUGUUUUACAAUAGCUAUUCCCGUCUUUUCUUUUGACAAAAAUUUAGGUAAACAGUCACAUUGAAAAUGUACUAUAACCACCAGUCUUGUUCUUAUAGUUUACCUAAGUCUAUGUUAGCUGUACUGCAGUGAGAUCAUAGUUACCCCCUUAGGGUGGUUCACAGUUAAGUAGCCAAGAUGUUUUAUUCGUUUUUUUUUUUUUUGACUGUUUUUUAUUUCGGAUGAGGAGUGGAGAUUUGGGGAGUAGUGUUUGUCUAUUUAUAAAUACGGCAUAAUUGCUUACAGUACCUUAAAAUUUUAGCUACUCGUGGCUGUGAGUCAUAAGUAAGCCCUAAUUGAAAAUCUGUAACUAGUUUAUGUCUAAUUAUUUCUCAUUCCACAGUUACAAUGAAAUAAGACCAUUAUUGUGAUAUGUGUCCCUUAGUUAACGAAUAAGGCAUGAAAAUGAAGUACUAUUCUCUCCAUUAAGGACAUUACCUUGUAUCAGUGUGUAACUAGUGUAAGUGUCUGACAAAUUCCUUUUAUGCUUUGCUCAUUAUUUUAAUCAUUAAUUUUUAUAGCUUUUAUUUUUAUGUGAGGUGUUCUCUUUUUCUCAUGUACUAGCCUUUUAUAGCAUAAUUAAUUAUUUUAGUUUAAUGUUUUGAUGCAUUAUUUUUAUUUUACUUAUAUGGUUUUCAAGUUCACAUGUUUGGUGAACCCAUCACUAUUUUGACUUUAGCAACUGAGUGUGGUGCUCAUAAUUUGUCAAAUCCAAGCACCAAUUUAGCCGCAGUUUAGCCACAAUUUUGCAACAACAAGUUGUGCUCCGAUUUUCUGAAAUUGCCUCCAUUUUUCUUAUUUUGGUUCUGUCAUACUACAGAUUUGGACUUCAUGCCUGUGCCAUACAAAACUAGUCUUUUUCUGUACCGGCUCUGCUCAAAAAAGCUCAAAAUGUCAUCAUAUGUUCUCUUUUGAUUUGUUUAGACAAUAUAGAAAGGCGUUUGGUGUUGUUUUUGAGUUUUUUUAAGUGUGUGCUUUCAUUAUUUGUCUUAGUCAUUACACAUUGAAUAUUUUUCUUGUCUCAGUGUUAGUCCAUAUAAUGUUUUUGUUGCUUAUAUUGUUUUUAUUCCCACAAGUGUUCUAAAAAGGUUUUAAUUUUGUUUUUAAUGCAUCAAUGUGAUUUUAUCUCACUGUUCUAUAAGCACACUCGUAUCUGAUUUUUAGUGUUCUCCAUUAAGUUCUAGUCUUAUUCAUCUAUACAAUGAAAUGAAAAGUAACUAAGAGUUUUGUUGUUGUGGCAUCUACCUGUAUUCAUUGUUAUUACUAAAUGGACUUUAUGAAUUAACUGCUUAUAUUCUCUAAGGUUGACUUAUUGUGCUGGCCUUAGUUUGUGCACAGCAGUGUGUUCCUUUGUGGAUGAAACCUGAUUUAGAAACUGGGUUAUGGAUUUGAAGAUAGUCUGAAUUUAAUAUAAUGAGCUCUGUACAAGAAAAACUGCACAUUAAAGGGGUAUUGGAAGGUAUUCAAAA